UGGACGGAGCCCCCCGGAGCAAGAGGCGCUGUGUGCUGGAGCGCAAGCAGCCGUACAGUGGGGACGAGUGGUACUCAGGCCCUGACAGUGAUGAUGAGGAGAAAGCUGGAGUUACUGCUCAUAAUUGUAACGUUGUGGAAUCCGUGCUCUCGGGGACUGUUCAGCCAUCUCCUGGUUCGAAACCCCUGCCAACGGUCACAGACACUGCUCCUGCCAGCAUCACCCACAAUCCAGCGGGGGGACCCUGCCUGCGAACAGACACUAACAUUUCGAGGAAUCCCAGCAAACCACCCUCUCAGUUUGUGUACGUCUUCACCACUAACCUGGCCAACAUAGCUGCUGAGGCUGUGGCACAAGGCCGUGCGGAUUCCAUUGUCUCCUACCACACUCACAAUGUGCCUCGGACAAAACUAGAGCAAGUGUACGAUCAGAAGAAAGGAUCUGGACUCCAAGAGCAGCUGUCACUCAACACACCUCCAGCUCGCACUCCGCAACCUCAAACUCCGCACCAAAGCCUCCAACCUCCGAGCUCACUGCCUCAGGAGGGGGCAACUGGAGUGGACCCCCUGCACACGGACAUUGGACCCAAGUCGAUGGACAGUAAUGGUGGGGCUGGAACCCAAUUGGGGAACAGUCACCCCAAUGCUAGUAACCCAGCCGGCAACCCAAUGACGGGGGUUCCAGUUGGAGAUCCAGCCAGUGGAGGAACUGGAGAGGCCGGCAACCCAAAUGGAAAUGGAUCGCUGAUCAUGAACCUUAACCCUAACACCGAAGGGUUGUCCAAGGAGCAGUUGGAACACAGGGAGCGUUCCUUACAGACUCUAAGGGACAUUGAAAGGCUCUUGUUACGCAGCAGUGAGACUGAGUUUUCUAUGAAAGGCAACUGUGGCCCCAAUGGACAAGGGGAUGGACAGCAGGCCAUGAAAAAGCCGGAGGAACCUUUACAAUCCAUGAUCUCCCAGACCCAGUCUCUGACUGGAGUCGAAGGCCAGAAUAUGGAGCACGACCCCAUACAUCACCAGGAGAUAAUGCAACGUGACCCAAUGGGACAACAGGUCAACAUGAUGAUGAAUCAGAGUAACCAGGAGAACCUGACUCCAGAGCAGAUAGCCUGGAGGAAGCUCCAGGAAGAUUUUUAUGAGGAGAAGAGGAGGAAGCAAGAGCAAGCUGUGGUUCAGCAAAGGACUAUGCAAGAGAUAAUGAUGCAGAGACCAAUCGGGGGUGUGAUGGUCCGAGGGCCCCCACCUCCCUAUCACAGCAAGGCUGGAGAGCAGUGGCCAGCAACAAUGGGGGCCCGUUUCACCAGCCCCAUGGAGGGCUCUGAUUCUCUGCAGCCCCGUGGGACUGCCCCUUUCUCAGGCCCCCGCUUUCCCACCAACCAAAUGCAGAGGGUGGCUGGAUAUGGAGGAAUGCACAACAUGCCAGUGGAGGCUUUGGGAGGCGUUAAUCCAAUUCAGAGGCAGGUACGGCCCGGAAUGCCUUGGCCCGAUGACAUCUCUCCAAUGGUGGGAGCCGGGAACUUCCCACAGGGAGGUAUACCCUUUCACCCUGGCCAGGGAGACCCCGAGAGGUUCAUGAACCCGAGGGCCAGAGAAGAGCUGUUGAGGCAGCACUUGAUGGAAAAGAGAUCAGUGGGGAUGCAGCGCCCCCUCAGUCUGAACAACACCAACAGCAUGGCUGGAAUGUCCCAGGGGCUUGAGAUGGAGAGAAUGAUGCAGGCCCAGAGACAGAUGGAGCCCGGAAUGUUCCCUGGCCAAUUACCUGGAGACAAUGUAAGUGGAAACCCAAUGGGUUUAGACUUUGUUGGGUCAAGGGGCAUGUUGAGCCCUCCCUUGGGGCAGUCGGGACCCAUGCGCAAUAUGGACUCCUCCAUGGGUUCUGGGAAUGUCAAUAUGAACAUGAAUGUCAACAUGAACAUGAACAUGAAUCUCAAUGUCCAGAUGACCCCCCAGCAACAGAUGAUGAUGUCGCAGAAAAUGAGGGCACAGGAAAUGAUGUCACACCAAGUUUUGACUGCAGAAGAGAUGGCAAGAGUGAGGGCACCCAAUGGUAACAUGAUGCUGGGCGACCCUCAGAAAAUGGUGCCACAGUCACAAUUCCCAAAUCACGGACAACAGGGUUUUCCAGGUGGUCAAGGACAAUUUUCCAGUAUGUCUCAGGAAGUCAAUAACAUGGGGACUCCUGGGGAGAUGUUCAGUCCUGAGCAAGGCCCUAUUCCAGUAACCAGCAUGAGUAGUACAGCGAGGCUGAGCCAUAUGCAAAUGGCUCCAACUUCCAAUCAAUCAAGUAACCACGGUAACGUGGGCACAAUGCUUCCAGGGGCCCAAAGAGGACUCGGCCGAAGGCCCUCUGACCUCACCAUCAACAUCAGUCAGAUGAACUCUCCUGGAAUGGGUCACCUUAAAUCACCGACCAUGAGCCAGGUCCACUCACCUCUCGUCAGUUCACCAUCAGCCAAUCUUAAAUCUCCACAGACACCGUCUCAGUUGGCCAGCUUAAACUCCACCAACUCCUCGGCUCCCAUCAAGUCCCCCCAGGUCAUGAGCUCCUCGCUUCCUGUCCGCUCUCCAGCCAGCUCCCCCAACCGGCUCAAAUCACCGUCAAUGUCUGUCGCCUCUCCGGGAUGGAGCUCAUCUCCAAAGACCACCCUCCCGAGCCCCGUCAUCAGCCAGGGCAAGCAGGCCAUGGGUGUGAACUCUGCAGCUCCCAUGGGAAACAUGGAGCAAG